GCCGGAUAUUGCUACUUAACAAGGUGGUUUGAGCCAACUGUGCCUUGCGGGUCUUUGCGAAAGUGAACCAGUUAUUAGGGGCGCCUAACGACCUGGGGGGUCAACUAAGGGGACGGAGUCUCGCUGUGUCACCUAGGCUGGAGUGCAGUGGUGCGAACUCGGCUCACUGUGAGCUCCGCCUCCUGGGUUCACACCAUUCUCCUGCCCCAGCCUCCUGAGUAGCUGGGACUACAGACUGUGGCAUGUUUCAGGCAGGAUUCCUCCUUCCUUCAAACUGCAUCACUCAGGAGUCUGCAAAUUCCCCAAAGUAGGAGGAAAAAUGACCACAUUCAAGGAGGCAGUGACCUUCAAGGAUGUGGCUGUGGUCUUCACUGAGGGGGAGCUGGGGCUGCUGGACCCUGCCCAGAGGAAGCUGUACCGAGAUGUGAUGCUGGAGAACUUCAGGAACCUGCUCUCAGUGGGGCAUCAACCGUUCCACCAAGAUACUUGUCACUUCCUAAGGGAAGAAAAGUUUUGGAUGAUGGGGACAGCAACCCAAAGAGAAGGGAAUUCAGGAGGCAAGAUCCAAACUGAGUUGGAGUCUGUUCCAGAAGCAGGAGCACAUGAAGAGUGGUCCUGCCAGCAAAUCUGGGAACAAAUUGCAAAAGACUUAACCAGGUCUCAGGACUCUAUCAUAAAUAACUCUCAGUUCUUUGAAAAUGGUGAUGUCCCCUCCCAGGUUGAAGCAGGACUACCCACAAUUCAUACAGGACAGAAACCUUCCCAGGGUGGGAAGUGUAAACAGUCCUUCAGUGAUGUUCCCAUCUUUGAUCUUCCUCAGCAGUUAUACUCAGAAGAGAAGUCUUACACAUGUGAUGAGUGUGGAAAAAGCAUCUGUUACAUCUCAGCUCUUCAUGUUCAUCAGAGAGUCCACGUGGGAGAGAAACUCUUUAUGUGUGAUGUGUGUGGCAAGGAAUUUACUCAAAGCUCACAUCUGCAAACUCAUCAGAGAGUCCACACUGGAGAGAAACCAUUCAAAUGUGAGCAAUGUGGUAAAGGUUUCAGUCGUAGAUCAGCACUUAAUGUUCAUCAUAAAUUACACACAGGAGAGAAACCUUACAUUUGUGAGGCAUGUGGGAAGGCCUUCAUUCAUGAUUCCCAGCUUAAGGAACAUAAGAGAAUCCAUACUGGGGAGAAACCAUUCAAAUGUGAUAUAUGUGGUAAGACCUUCUAUUUUAGGUCAAGACUUAAGAGCCAUUCCAUGGUUCACACAGGAGAAAAACCAUUUCGGUGUGAUACAUGUGAUAAGAGCUUUCAUCAGAGAUCAGCACUUAAUAGGCAUUGCAUGGUCCACACAGGAGAGAAACCGUACAGAUGUGAGCAGUGUGGAAAAGGCUUUAUUGGUAGGCUAGAUUUUUAUAAGCAUCAGGUGGUCCACACAGGAGAGAAACCAUAUAAUUGUAAAGAAUGUGGGAAGAGCUUCAGAUGGUCCUCAUGCCUUUUGAACCAUCAGCGAGUCCACAGUGGAGAAAAAAGCUUCAAAUGUGAAGAAUGUGGGAAGGGAUUUUAUACAAAUUCACAACUGUCUUCCCAUCAGAGAUCCCACAGUGGUGAAAAGCCAUAUAAAUGUGAGGAGUGUGGGAAGGGCUAUGUUACUAAGUUUAAUCUUGACUUGCACCAGAGGGUCCACACAGGAGAAAGACCUUAUAAUUGUAAGGAAUGUGGGAAGAGCUUUAGCCGGGCCUCAAGUAUUUUGAAUCAUAAGAGACUCCACUGCCAGAAAAAACCAUUCAAAUGUGAGGACUGUGGAAAGAGGCUUGUACACAGGACAUACCGUAAAAACCAGCCGAGAGACUAUAGUGGGGAAAACCCAUCCAAAUGUGAGGAUUGUGGGAGACGCUACAAGAGGCGCUUGAAUCUGGAUAUACUUUUAUCAUUAUUUCUAAAUGACACAUAACUGUUCAUAUUUAUGGGGUACAAUGUGCUAUUUUAAUGUGUGCAUACAAUUUAUAGUGAUCCAAUCAGUGUAAUUGGCGUAUCUGUUACCUCAAACAUUUACCAUUUCUUUGUGUUGGAAAAUUCAAAAUCCAUUUGAGAGGAGUUGGUAGACAGCAAGGGAAGGGUCCCUGGAGAACCCCAGCCAAACGGGUCAGUGUCUCAUCCCCACAUAACACAAAAAGCAGCCUGGGGAAGAAAAUCAAGCUACAGGCACUGAUAAGGGAACUAGCACAGGGUGUUGUGCCUGGAGACAUGCCCAUGGCUGCACAGAUAGAAGAACCUCCAGCCCAUUCAGGUAAAAAUUCGCACAAACCUCCGGCUCACUCAGUUAAGGGAACAAGACCAGACACAGAAAUGCCUUUGUCCUUUGUGUAAUCAGCAGGCUCCCAGGAAAAAGUUUCUUCUUUUGUGGGCAUGAACACAGUGGGCUUCAGUAGGUUCAGGUUGGCACUUUAUUUUGUGGAAAAGGAAAAGCCCAGCCUCUGUAAAUCAUCACUUCAGCUCCUGAUUGGUCCCAGGCCAAGCUGAAUAGCCCUUACGAAUAAUCACUUCAACUCCUGAUUGGUCCCGGGCCAAGCUGAAUAGCCCUUAUGAAUCAUCACUUCAGUUCCUGAUUGGUCCUGGGCCAAGGUCCCAGACCAAGCUGAAUCACGCUUUCUCCAAGACAGCCCGCAGGCUAAGCGCAUUCUUUCCCCUUCCCAGUCCAUAAAAACCCCGGACCCCAGCCUCAUACUGGGCAACUUAUUUGGAUCCCCAUCUCCACUGUGGAGAGCUUUUUUCUUUCACUUAUUAAACUUUUACUCCAAUUUCA